GCGGCGGCGCCGGCGGUGGCGGCAGGGGCGGCAGAAGCGGCAGAAGCGGCGGCGGCAGCGGCAGCAGAAGCGGCAGAAGCAGAAGCGGCAGCGGCGGCAGCGGCGAUCGGGUGAUCAUGUGACGCCUGCAUUUCCGACACAACAAUACAACACCGUGUCGGUCUGCACACACGCUCCCACUCUCUCUCGCUCUCUCUCCCCCCUCAUCCCCCCCAACACCUUUCGCUCUCGGUAUGGCGGACGGCGAGAGGUCCCCGUUGCUGUCCGAUCUGGGAGAUGGAGCCCUCGGCAGCGGUAACGGCGGGGUGUCUCCCGGCGCGGCGCCCUACGGCGUGCCCAACAAACCACAGAGCUUCCCUCCGUUCCCCAGCCCAACUCAGCCCUCGGUGCUCCUCGGGGAGGAUCCUCCGCCCUACUCCCCGCUCACCUCCCCGGAGAGUGGCAGCGCCCCUGUCAUCAACUGCCGGGUUUGUCAGAGCCUGAUCUCUGUGGAGGGCAAGAUCCACCAACACGUGGUGAAGUGUGGGGUCUGCAAUGAAGCCACGCCCAUUAAGAACGCCCCAGCAGGGAAGAAGUAUGUUCGCUGCCCCUGCAACUGUCUGCUCAUCUGCAAAGUCACCUCCCAGAGGAUCGCCUGUCCCCGGCCAUAUUGUAAGAGGAUAAUUAAUCUGGGCCCAGUUCAUCCCGGUCCGGCCAGUCCCGACCCCCAGCCCGCCGGGGCCCGCGUCUCCUGUGGACACUGCAGCAACACCUUCCUGUGGACAGAGUUCACAGACCGGACGCUGGCCAGGUGCCCACACUGCAGGAAAGUCUCCUCCAUUGGUCAGAGGUACCCCAGGAGGCGGAGCUUGUGGUGUUUUCUACUCUGCUUGCUAUUUAGCAUUUCCACCGCCGGGCUGAUGGCUGGAACGUGGGUGAAGGCUCAGACCUACCAGGGGAUCUACGCCUCGUGGGCCGUGCUGCUGCUCCUGGUUCUCGUCACCCUCGCCCGGGCCUUUUACUGGGCCUGCAUGAGGGUCAGUCAGCCCCUCCAGAACUUCACAUGAGAGCCUCCUCCUCCUCUUCUCAACUCCGCCAGGCAGGAGGAAAGACGGCUUAGGAAAAGAAAGAAAGAAAAGAAAAAAAAAAUCAAAAACACAAAAAAAAAACCAACAACCCAGAAUAUUUAUUUAAAUCCAACCAAGAAUCCUCCUCCUCCUUCUCCUGUUCCUUCCCUUUUAGUCAAAUGUGUUUCUAAAAAAACUGGACGGCGGCGAUGGCUGCUGCCGCUACAUAUCUAUCGGUAAUUAUGAUGAUGCGUAUAGCCUAAUGUACUGUCAAACUAUUCUAAUCUCGUGGCCAGUGUGGGGUUCAUUUUAACAUUUUUAACAACUUCUUUUCUUCUUCUUCUUCUUCUCCACCCCUCUUUGCGUUGUUUACGAAUUUUGGCUUCAGUCUGUGGCACUUCAGUUGCACUCCGGCAACAUCUAAGAUGAAAGUUUUAAGUCUUAGGUGUGAAUAUCGCUCGUUUAUUUUUAUGUUUACGGGGCGGGGCCUGUUCUUUGUCGGUCCUGAUUGACAUGAAGUUUAUUAUUCCAGCAUUUAGCUUCUUUUUUUCAAGAGAAAUUAUUUUGUGAAAGCUAGUAAAUAAUAACCGAUGCCAGCAGCCGACCACUGGAGUGAUUGAAGGGACGUCAGCCUCCUAUUGUGAAUCCCUAAAAAAAGAUCGGCGUUGUGAAAUUGUGAAUUGAAUUGAGCGACAUGUGAAGGUCGGGCCACGAUGUGUCUGAACUCAGUGUUUGUGCUGAAUUAUCCCCCGGGACUGACUUUGAUCCAAAGCAGCUUGAAAGCCUUAAAACGCAGGUGUGAUGGAAGGAUUCAACACACACACACACACACACGCACACGCACACGUAACACAGCCGCAUGAAUGCCUACGGCACACAUCAAACAGGACGCUGUUUUAGAGUUGCAACAUCUCAGACGCGGACAGACGUCCCCGCCUCCCUCUUCAAAGACGCAACCGGCGAACAGAUUUUCCUCCGUGUUGUCGCGUCCUCAUUUCGGCGGAGGAAGGAGCGUCAUGCACGCCACUCGUAUACGAGCGUAACCGAAUCUGCAGCUCCUCCGCAGCCAACAGGUUUACUUAUUAAUCUUUAAUGCAUUUUCUUUUAUUACUAUUUCCCCCGCCCAUUUCAUCUCCCAUUCAAACAUCUAUCAACAUUUGCUCCUCCUCAGAUUUCCAAAGACACAGUUUAUUUAAUUUUUUUACUUUACGUACUUAUAAAUGUUUUGACCCUGAGAAUUACAUUCUGUUAAGCGUCGCCGAAACAAAGAGGGGUAUUGGAUUUUAACAAAUCGCUGUCUGCCUCCCCAUACCCACAAAUACCCCUGCGAGCGCAAGAGUUGUUUUAGAUUUGCUGUCUGCGGCUGCUUGUACGUUCUCUUCCUCACAAGCGGCUCUAUACCUUUCUUUUGUUUCGCUCUCUGAGGUUGAAACAUGUCACAGAAACAAUACUUCAGGCUUGUGUUGUCGCUCCUAUGAAAAAGCAAUAUCGUAUAAUAUUUGGGAUGUAACAACGAAAAAUGCACCGAAGCUCCAAAUAAGCUCCUUUAAUUUGCACGAGAAGAGCAUAUCGCUCGAGUCUUGUUUGCAUUUUGAUUGCAUCCGGGGGCGUUUGUAUGGCGAAAAAAGCACGUCCGCUGUGGUCGUCGUUGAAGACGGAGGCCGGUCGGGAGCUUUCUCAUUUGUCGGGUGCACACGGAGCUUUUCACCCACAAAACAGGAAACGCUCCAAAAGCUUGACGUCAGUGAAAACACAAACACACACUACUACACGUUACAUUCUCCCAUAAUGACUCGUCUGUGGCUCUGACCGUGGUGGCGUUUCUUUCUUUCUUUCUCUUCUUCUUGUGAAUGAUGUAUUUUUGUUUUGAUUUGUAAAUAUAUUUGUCGUUCAUGUACAAUGGAAGCGACUAAGCGAAUGACGUUGCACUCCGAGCUUAACACUAUACUGCUGUGAACGCUGCCGACAUUUUUACUUUAUGUUAAAGAAGGUUGUUUUUUCGCAGCUCUUCUUCACCUGUUACAUAUUUUUUAAAUGAUUUGACAAACUACUAACCUAAUACGCCUCUGGACGCCCGGUCGUGUCCAUGUCUUGAACACACAAACACAACAUACUGUACUUUACAUCAUGACGGAAUCACAUUCCCCAAGCGAUGACAUUUCUAUCUCUCUCACACACACACACACACACACACACACACACACACACACACACACACACACACACACACACACACACACACACACACACACACACACACACACACGCACCCAGCACCUUAUACACUGGCGAGAAACACUGCAUACACCAAGUAAGUUGAGAUGAAGUCAACCCUGCUAGACUGAACCGAGGUCGCAGACAGCUCACGUGCAAGUGUCAUGUUAUUUAUUAUGCACGCUGCAAAAAAAGAAAAGAAAAAGGGGGCCCGCUUCAACGGUUGAGUCAUUUUCCCUGAAAUUGUAUUUAUUGUGGAAGAAGUCUGAUACGGAGUGAGAUAAUGUCAUUUAUUUCAAGACCGGUCCACGGGCAUUUUUGUUUUUUUAAAUAUUAGUUGAAAUCAGUACAAUGAUUUGCCAGUUUAAAGCUUCUUCUUUUUUUUUUUGUGCAUUAAUUUUUAAACUGAGUGGGGAAAAAUGAAGAUUCUAGGGCGGAAGGGAGGUGACGUGACUUGUUUAAGAAGACCUUUUUUUUUUUUUUUUUUUGCGGUGGAGUGAUCAUGUUUUAUCCAUGACUGCAAAAAGAAAAUGAUAUCAUGUUAAUGCCAAUAACCAAGACCCUGGCUGAUUCACUCUUCAGAGUUUGUUUACACCCGAAUAAAGACAUGAUGAUGUGCAAAAACGGGCUGACGCGACCUUCUUUUCAUUCGCCCGCGGACGAACCGGAGCUGACGAGACCAUGAGUGGUGAUGGGUUUCUAUUUCAUUUCAAUUCUCACGUCAUUACAAAGUGUCCCAACUGCCUCCCCAAGUUCCUGGUGCCUGAUGAAGAUAUAAGGUCACUAAUGUUGAAUCAUAAACAUUUUUUCUACUGUAUACUCUGUAUGCUGCUCUUCUCCAGCACCAACUAAAAGGUUGAACGUGAACUUCACUGGCUCUCUAAUGUCACGCGUCGGUCAUGAAGCCGAUAUCUCUUUAUCCACGAUAUGCUGCCAUCUUGCAGUACGGUGGUGUUUUGAAUGUGUUUAUAAUGUGAAUGCAAAAAUAAAAUAUUAGUUGAAAUGUC